GGGAGAAGGACGCGGACGACGACCACGACGACAACGACGACACGGACGACGACGACGAGAACGACGACGACGACGACGACGACGACGCCGACGAGAACGACGACGACGGCCACGACGACAACGGCCACGACGACGACGGCCACGACGACGACGGCAACGAAGACGACGGCGACGACGAAGCCGCAGCGACGACCGGUGUCAGCUGCUCCCGCGUCCGGCGCAACGGUUCCAGCCGGCCGCCGGGGCGCGGCGGUGCCCCGGGGCGGCGCGGAGGCGGAGAGGGGGAGAGAGGCGAGCAGAGAACGAAGAGAAGAAGAAGAAGAAGGCAGGCGCAGGCGCCGCGCCCGCAGCAUGGCCAUCGCCAUCAGCGCGGUGCAGAAAGGGGAAGGGGGGGGGGCGGCCGGCGGCAGAGACCU